AUGGAAAAUCAAGGAGAGUCCGCCUUUGCGAAUGAAGAUAUCUACCCUUUACACGCUUUGGAUAACAACCCCAAUUGGGUGGUUUGGGUUAUGCGGUUCAAUGACGUGCUUGAUGCGAAAAAAUUGAACGAUUCCCUAUCAAGGUUGCUGGACAUUGGCGAUUGGCGGAAGCUCAGUGGUCGGAUUCGAUGCAAGGUUCGAUUGGAUCGAGCAUUUCUCAAAACCUAUCGAACACCAAGCGCUGAUACCACACAGGGAAAGAACAAAUGGGAGAUCCAUGUUCAAAAAUCAUCCACCAUUGAUAAAGAAAAUGUCUCUUUCUCACAUGACGUUCAUGAUGUGGCAAUCCAAGAUCAUCCUAUUGGGAAACAACUCCCCAGACAGACUGAUGGUCCAUCAACUCAACCAAUCACGAAUGAAUUUCGACCAUUUGCUGCCAAAGCGGAUCAUCCCAGAUUUGAGGAGCUUACGAAGCAAGAUAUUGCUCCGAUGUUCUUGCAUGUCACUUCUUUCCGUGACGCGACCAUCGCAUCUUUAGUCUGGCCUCACAUGCUGAUGGAUGCUGUGGGCGGUCAAGCCCUCCUCGCUGCAUGGUCAUCGGUCUUGGCUGGUCGAGAGGACGAGGUACCAGGUAUCUCGGGCGCACGCGAGGACAUCCUGCAACACCCUUCAAUUACAGCUGAGGAUGACGAUGAUAAGGAGGAGUUUAUUCUCGAGAGAAUUCGACUGAAAGGCUUCAGCGUGCUGAGAUUUCAUUUGCGGUUGGUAUGGGACAAGAUAUGGAAUGGUCGACGAGAACGUCGAGCCAUUUUCCUUCCUAAAUCCUUCUACGAGAAAAUCAAAACUCGCGCACAACAAGAGAUCAGGGCAAAUGCCCCAGAGACCGAGCCCGUUCCUUUUGUCAGCGAGGGCGACAUUCUCACGGCGUGGACGACACGCGCUAUCGCACUGUCCGAGCCAAACUCGCGCUCGGUUGCUAUUAUGAAUUACAUCAACCUUCGCUACCUAUUGCCAUUGCUACUUCAAUCAAGCGGAGUCUUCCUCCAGAACAUGGUCUUGGCAUCAUAUACAUUUCUUUCGUCAAAGGUUGCCAAAGGUCCAGUCGGGCCCAUUGCAGCUGACCAUCGUCAAUCUGUUUCCGAACAGUUAACAGAACGACAAAGCCGAAAGUUCUUGAAAUCUGUGAUGGCUGAUAUUAACGCAGAUCGGUCUCCUAGGAUCUUGUUCGGGGAAUCGGAUAGCAUUUUUAUAAUUGUCAACAAUCUGACAAAAGCGAAGUUGAUUCAGACGGCCAAAUUCGGUCCGGCAGUUAUUACCCAAGGCGAGAAGACAGAGGCACGGCAGAACCCUCUGGGGUCAAUGGUCAACUAUUAUAGCGAGUUUCUUCACCUUGAUUUCGAGGGGAUCAACUGCUUUUAUAUGCUGGGAAAGGACCAUGCGGAGAACUAUUGGCUUAUGGGAAAGCUCUUGCCUCGGGCUUGGGAUGCAAUCGAGAGGGAACUGCGUGAUCUUGAAGCCUAG